GAGACGAGAAGAGAGGAGGGGAGGCCUCCUCCGUCGCCGCCAUCUUGGACCGGGCCCGUUCAGCUUCCGUGGAGCCGUCGGCAGGCGCCGCCGGGCCUUCCCUUGAGCCCCGAAUCCCCUACUCGGUCGUCUAGAACAAUCCCGGGCCCACUUCCUCUAUCAACAACCCAACCCCACUUCCGGCUUUCGCGCCCUCUUAUCGCGAUAGCGCCCGGGCUUGGGGCGCGAGGAAAGAGGAAAAAAAAAAAAAGGCGGCUGGCGGGCGCUCGCCUCUGUCUCCCCCUCCUCGCCUGUCGCGAUACGCUCCGCAGCGGCGGCGCCAGCUCCUGCGAGCCAAGACUCAUUCCUGGUCAAGAUCCUGAAGACCUCUUGCUGAUUCCAUGCAAGGUCCAUGGACCAGAGAGAGUCAAGUUUUGUAGUGUGGAUUUCUCUACAUAUAGACCUCCCCUCUUCAGUCCUUUGUCCUCUGGCCCCUCUAAGCUCACCUUCCUUCAGAAUAAAAAGAGGUGUCCCUCUGUGCGUUUUGGUUUCUGCCCUGUUGGGUUCAUGUUUCUGAGUCUAUCUGAUCCGGAAUUCUUCCAUGUGUGUGGAUCUGCUCUCUCACAGCUAAGCAGCGUCCAUUUCCAAGGGAGUAUGAAGAGAGUUCGUCUGUAGGGCAGGGAAGAUGGCGGACAAGCGCAAACUCCAAGGUGAGAUUGAUCGCUGCCUCAAGAAGGUGUCCGAAGGCGUGGAGCAGUUUGAAGAUAUUUGGCAAAAGCUCCACAAUGCAGCCAACGCGAACCAGAAAGAAAAGUAUGAGGCUGACCUAAAGAAGGAGAUUAAGAAGCUACAACGGCUGAGGGACCAGAUCAAGACAUGGGUAGCAUCCAACGAGAUCAAGGACAAAAGGCAGCUUAUCGAAAACCGCAAGCUCAUUGAAACGCAAAUGGAACGGUUCAAAGUUGUGGAACGAGAGACCAAAACCAAAGCUUAUAGCAAGGAGGGCCUAGGUCUGGCUCAGAAGGUGGACCCUGCUCAGAAGGAGAAGGAAGAGGUUGGCCAGUGGCUCACGAACACCAUUGACACCCUAAAUAUGCAGGUGGACCAGUUUGAGAGUGAGGUGGAGUCACUGUCGGUACAGACACGCAAGAAGAAGGGCGACAAGGAUCAGAAGCAGGACCGGAUUGAGGGCUUGAAGCGGCACAUCGAAAAACACCGCUACCAUGUACGCAUGCUGGAGACCAUUCUGCGCAUGCUGGACAAUGACUCCAUCCUGGUUGACGCCAUCCGAAAGAUCAAGGAUGACGUGGAGUACUACGUCGACUCAUCCCAGGACCCUGACUUUGAAGAGAACGAAUUCCUCUAUGACGACCUGGACCUCGAGGACAUUCCACAGGCGCUGGUCGCCACCUCCCCACCCAGCCACAGCCACAUGGAGGAUGAGAUCUUCAACCAGUCCAGCAGCACGCCCACCUCAACAACUUCCAGCUCUCCCAUCCCACCCAGCCCAGCUAACUGCACUACGGAAAACUCUGAAGAUGAUAAGAAGAGAGGCCGCUCAACAGAUAGUGAAGUCAGUCAGUCUCCAGCCAAAAACGGCUCCAAGCCUGUCCACAGCAACCAGCACCCCCAGUCCCCAGCUGUGCCGCCCACCUAUCCCUCUGGCCCCCCACCUGCCACUUCUGCCUUGAGCUCCACCCCUGGCAACAAUGGGGCCUCUACCCCAGCAGCACCUCCAAGUGCCCUGGGCCCCAAGGCCAGUCCAGCUCCCAGCCACAACUCGGGUACUCCUGCCCCCUAUGCCCAGGCUGUGGCCCCACCCAAUGCCAGCGGGCCCAGCACUGCCCAGCCCCGGCCCCCCAGUGCCCAGCCGAGCGGGGGAAGUGGUGGUGGCAGCGGAGGGAGCAGCAGCAAUAGUAACAGUGGCACAGGCGGAGGGGCUGGCAAGCAGAACGGUGCCACCAGCUACAGUUCAGUUGUUGCAGACAGCCCUGCAGAGGUGGCCCUGAGCAGCAGUGGGGGCAGCAGUGCCAGCAACCAAGCCCUGGGGCCUACUUCAGGCCCUCACAACCCAGCUCCAAGCACCUCAAAGGAAUCCAGUACGGCAGCCCCAACGGGGGCUGGGAAUGUGGCUUCAGGCUCAGGGAACAACUCAGGGGGACCCAGUCUCUUGGUGCCACUGCCUGUGAAUCCCCCCAGUUCUCCAACGCCCAGCUUUAGUGAGGCCAAGGCAGCUGGCACCCUGCUCAAUGGUCCUCCACAGUUCAGCAGUACCCCGGAAAUCAAGGCCCCUGAACCUCUGAGCUCUCUGAAAUCCAUGGCAGAACGGGCAGCUAUCAGCUCUGGUAUUGAGGACCCAGUGCCAACCUUACACCUAACAGAGCGAGACAUCAUCCUGAGCAGCACAUCAGCACCCCCAACCUCAGCCCAGCCACCCCUGCAGCUCUCAGAGGUGAACAUACCAUUGUCACUGGGUGUGUGUCCACUGGGGCCAGUGUCCCUCACCAAGGAGCAGCUCUACCAGCAGGCCAUGGAAGAGGCCGCCUGGCACCAUAUGCCCCACCCCUCUGACUCCGAGCGCAUUCGGCAAUACCUCCCCCGGAACCCUUGCCCGACGCCCCCCUACCACCACCAGAUGCCACCCCCACACUCGGACACAGUGGAGUUCUACCAGCGCCUGUCAACCGAGACACUCUUCUUCAUCUUCUACUAUCUGGAGGGAACCAAGGCACAGUACUUGGCAGCCAAGGCCCUGAAGAAGCAGUCCUGGCGAUUCCACACCAAGUACAUGAUGUGGUUCCAGAGGCAUGAGGAGCCCAAGACCAUCACAGAUGAGUUUGAGCAGGGCACCUACAUCUACUUUGACUACGAGAAGUGGGGCCAACGGAAGAAGGAAGGCUUCACCUUUGAGUACCGCUACCUGGAGGACCGGGACCUCCAGUGACACCGGCCCCCUCUACCUGACCCCUCCCCCCGCAUGCUGAUCCCCCUGCCCAGGUGAGGGCCCUGCCCUGGAAGACUGGGGGAGGCCCAAGGCCAUGGGGCACCCUCCCCCCCAGGAGCAGGGAAAGGGCAGGGAGGUUUUCUCUUCCUCUCUGCCCUACCCUGGGGGCCUGGGGGUGAGAGUUGCCCCCUCCUCCCCUCCCCAGUGAGGGACAUUUUUUGGUAAACCUAUUUUCAUUUUGGAAAAUAUUUAUGAAUAAAUAGUUUUAUAUGA